CUGUCAACAGGAAGCUGCGGUGCUGUUACGAAGAGGACGCCGCCCAUCAUCAAGUCAGGGCGCACAGUCGGCAGGGGAAAUGGGGAUUCUUAGGCACGCCCGGCACACGGCUUGGGAGGCCACACACGCUCUAGUUCACCCCUACUUCCUCUAGUCUUGCCAACGUCCAUGUCCUAAUUUCUUUGUUCUCAAAACUCCUUCGAACCUCAUCACCUUUUCCCAAUCCUCCCAGCUCCCUUCGCCAAUCUCACACAUAGUCGCAGUUGCUGGCCCUCAUUUGCUUGCGACUGCCACCUUAAUAUUCGCGUCUCCAUCGCCCCGUCUAUCCUUACCAUGCCUCGCGCUCACGGCUAGACGACUUCAACUGGAGACGUCAAGCGGUCACUUUUCCCCCUGUGCCCUGCCGGUCCUUUGACUCGACACACAUCGUGGAAAUUCUUCGCCUCUGAACUGCUAUCCCCUAAAUCCACCUACCUUGACUCCGUUGGCCGAGCGACUGAACUGCUCUCUUUCGAAAGUCGAAAAUCUGUUCUGGAUCAGGGGGUCCACAUCCCUGUCUCCAUCCUCUUUGCGACUUUCAGACGCCAGCCCUCCUGCGCAGUCUUGUGUCUCUGAAAUACAGCCUUCUGCAGCCCACGCUCGUCAACUCCGCCUCCGACGGUCAUCCGUUGCUUCUGCCACCGGCGGGAGAUAUAAAGCACUCGAAAAUUAGGAAUAUAAAACUCGGUCGGACGGUUACAACAAGGUUGUCGCGGAGUGUUUGGGCUUGAAACAACGUCAAGAUACACCCUUCAACAGUAUCUGUUUGCAAAAUGGCAACCUUCUCAAACGCUCCAGAAGGCUUCUACGAUGACCUCUCUGGCACGUCGCCAAGAGCGUUUCGCAACCCACCGCUAAAUCGCCAGAACAACAGGAAUGAUGGCUAUGGAACAGUGGGCUCCUCUAUGUUUGGAACUGAAGGUUCUGUGCCGACUAUGCGAUUCGAUAACGUGCGAGAUGGAUUUGGUGGACCAAUGCAGAACCAGGGGGUCGGGAAUGUUCAUUUCCCCUACGAUCCAGGCGCGGCUCAAACCUGGGGCACUAACGGCGGCCCCUUGCAAUCCUUCAGCGGCAAUCUGGGAACCAUGCCUCAUAAUUCGAACUACGGCCCAGCACGAAGUGUAAAACCGAGUCGAGGCCGCAUGGGUCUUUCAAACCAGCUUUGGGGCGAACAGCCUGCCCAAAUGCAACAGCCGCAUCCGACAAUGGGCGGCCAUCGGCCAGGAGUCCAAGCUCGAAACGACCAUCAUGAGGACGACGACGAGUUGAUCCCUACAGCUAUCGUCAUCAAGAAUAUUCCUUUUGCUGUGAAGAAGGAGCAGCUUGUUCAACUCAUGGUUGACAUGAACCUGCCCCUCCCCUACGCAUUCAAUUAUCACUUUGAUAAUGGGGUAUUCCGCGGUCUUGCCUUUGCCAACUUCACCUCUCCGCAAGAGACCGAGCAAGUCAUUCAAGCACUCAACCAUAUGGAUCUCAGUGGCCGCAAAUUGCGCGUGGAAUAUAAGAAAAUGCUUCCCCUUGCGGAACGAGAGCGAAUUGAGAGGGAGAAGCGUGAGCGGCGGGGCCAACUUGAGGAGCAACAUCGCCCAAUACCACAAGGUCAACUGCACAACCAAGUUUCAUUGUCAUCUAUCUCGCGAAACACUCCGUCACCAUUAUCACACCGUGGUGCAAAGCCUGAUGUUGACAUGAAUGAUCCCAAGACAUUAGAGUUCUAUACUGAGAUGACUCUUUUUAAGCGCGACCCCUCGCGCGAAGUCCUUAUCUUCCCACCAACCUUGGAACCUCACCACCGUCGUAUUGUCCAUACUCUCGCUCAUCAUAUGGGCUUGAUGCAUACUUCCCGAGGCACUGGAGAUCAGCGACAAGUCCACAUCCAUCGAUCGGUCCCGGGCAACAACGUCAGUCCUCCUACUUUAUCCGGGGGAUUUGGUGCAAAUGACAAUUUGCGACAAAACCUGGGCAGAUCAUCUACAGCUGAUUUCAGCGAGGGAAGACAGUAUAACGGCCCGUCCUUCAACACUUUGCGAGGCCAGUCGUCUGUUGGUCUGCUGGACGUCAUGGACUCAAAUGCUUUCGGACGUGCAGCGGACAACAACCUCCGCAAUGCAAAAUCGUUUGCCGACCUCCGUUCCUGGAGCCCUUCGCCCGUCCCCUCGUCUGCCAGCUUCCCGGCCGCCCUGCAAACCAACGGCGCUCGUCUUCAGGCUCUCAAUGAUACAGCCAGUUCCACCACUCCGAAUUUGCCAUCCACCGGUGUGCCUUCGGCGCAAUCUUCCAAUAGAGACGAGCCAUUCCUCAUUUCCUCCUUCUCAAAUCUGUCCAUGAGCAACAACGGGGGCUCUCAGACCAGUCCCAGACGCCAACGAAGCUUUUUCGGAAACGGACCGGAAUGGAGUGACAAUCAGAACACAUACCAGCCUACUGCUCCCAUUGGCAGCAAGAGAACCGUCAGUAUUGGACCGGAAAACUCAGCUCAGAAUGCCAACCCGAUGCGCCAGGCUCGGGGACCCAACCCAAGCAAUACUGUUGGGUUUCGCAGACAGAAUGGACGGGGUAGCGAUGAGUUGAGGGCCGGGGCCUCAGCCAUUGCCGAAUAAAGAGAGACCAGAUACCCCCACCCCUUUGAUGACGCUCCUGCAGAGCAAUGACGAUUCAAUGAACCACGAACGAUACGAACCAGCCCCCCUUACCUGGAAACAAAAGUUAGACGCAUAGGGCAGCUACAUGACUGCAUGAUUGGACUACAGAAAAAGAAUGUUGUAACGACCUGACAAGCCAUGCAUGUGGUGCGGCUUGCAGCAUGUUUUUAAUGAGUCCCAAGAAGAACGAUUGAAAGUGGUUUGUACAAUUUGAACUUUGAAGUCGGAGACGGCGGUGCAUCCUGGGUGUUGUUGCGGAGGGUCUCCGUGGAGGCACUUCUGAUGAGAGACAUGGUCGUGUUAGUUGCUUUUCUCAUUUAUUGUGUGCAUUUGAUAUGGUCUGGAGCUCAGGCUGCUGUUGUGAUGGCCGGAGAGACUGGUGCUGAUGUAUGAGAUACACUCGUUCUACUAGUAAUAGCUGGCAGAGCUUUUAGGGGAUCUGCACGUAAUAUCAAGGUAUAUGUCGUCUUUAUCCAG